CCAUGUUUCACCCCAUGGUAAUGGUUACGGUAUGGUGUGGCACGGCAUUCUGAUUCUUUGGCUUUUGUUCAGCAGCAGCACCUGCACCUCCCUCAUCGCUCACCUUCCAGCAUUUUUUUAAUGGCUUUCCUAGGCGACGCCUUUCGAGAGGUCUCGUCCAGAGCCGGGGAAGCGCUGCACACCCUCGAAGCUGCCGUACACAAUGAAUGGGAGCGGGUUAGCGUCAAGGACUGCUGCGGUCGAGCUGAGGCGGCCGCUUUGACACUUGAGAGUUUGAUCAGGGAGUGGCCUGGGCAGGGGGACGGGGACGCACAAAUUGGCGCAAAUGCACCUGGUGAUGUAUGGGCGGAAGAGGACGAGUUACGGUCAGAGAAUUUUGCGGGGGAGAGCCUGGGCAGAGUUUUAAGGGAGCGGUUUGGCAGGCGGGAUUGCGCACCGCUCUUUGCGCAUGUGGGCCCGUUGCCUCGUCUUCUGGGUGGUGCAAAAUCCUCCAGGCUAGAUGCGCGGGGUGGUGUGAAAACCCCAGAGGGUGAUGUGAAAAGGUCCAAGGGUGGUGCGAACACCUCCAAGGGUGGUGCAAAAAGCCCGGAGGGCGAUGCAGGGGUGGUGCGGUUUUUUGGCAAGGCCCGUAAACAGAAUCUGGACGAAUCUUCCACCAAAGUGUCGAACAGCGACGUGCACCGGACGUCGCCGUUGGCGGCGUUGAGUUGGGUGCCCGCCUUCUUAGGGGGGGGCGCUGGGGCUGGAAAAAGCGAAGACGGAGGGAAGGAGAGUAGCUGGGUGGAGGAAGUGGGGACCGAGAGGCGGCGGUAUUUUCCGCGGGUGAACGGUGAUGGCAGUGUGGAGUUGGCGAUGGAGGUUUUGGUGGAUAAGCGGCCGCUUGCGCAGAAGCUGACGGACGGGUUUAGGGACAAGUUCUUCCCUGUCGGAUACCCUGAAAGUGUUGCGGAGGGCUACCAGGUGUAUUCGCAGUGGCGGGCAGUGCAGCACUUCACGAGUGCCAUCCUGGGGGUACUCUCCACCCAGUCGGUCCUCUUCGCGGCCGGCCUGCGCCCGACUCCGGCUCAGGCCACCGUCGUCAGCUGGGUGCUCAAGGAGGGGAUGCAGCACGUGGGGAAGCUGGUGGGCAGCAGCAUGGGCCCCCGCAUGGACGCGGACCCGAAGAAGUGGCGCAUCAUCGCUGACGUCAUGUAUGACGUCGGCGCCGCGUGCGAGAUCGUGUCGCCGCUCGUGCCGAGCUACUUCCUGCCAGUCGCGGGGGCGGCCAACCUAGCCAAGGGGAUCGCUCUCCUGGCCGCCCGCUCCACCCGCCUCCCCAUCUACACCGCAUUCGCGAAGCACGGGAACGUGGGCGAUUUGUACGCUAAGGGAGAGGCCCUUUCGGUGCUGUCCAACGUGGCGGGAAUGUGGCUCGGCAUCCAGCUCGCGUCCGGGAUCUGCGCUUCUCCACAGGGCAAGCUGCUCGCGUUUCCGUUCCUCUCCGGGCUCCACGUGUUUUGCGUUGCCCAGGAGAUGCGCGCCGCGCCCAUGAACUUCCUGAACGCGCAGAGGACCGCACUGCUCGUCGAGGACUUCGUCAAGCACGGCGUCGUGCGCUCCCCGCCCGAGUUGCGCUACCGCGAGAAGCUGCUCCUUCCCCCGGGCAUCAACCUGGCGGCCGGGGGCGUCCGCGUUGGGGCUCCGCUCCGUACGGCCGUCCGCAGUCCGAAAGACUUCGCGAAGCUGCGGCAGACGUUCAAGAACGAGCGCUUUCUGCUGAAUGUGAAUGGGGACGGGCACGCGGACAUGGUGCUGCACCGGGAUGCGACCGGGGAAGACGCUCUCAAGGGCUGGCUGCUGGCGGCUUAUGUUGCGGAUGACGCUCAAAAGGGCGAGAAGGCAAGCGACCCGACGGGUCAGGUGAAAACGGCGUACAAAAAGCUAGGAUCGAAGCUGCCGUCGUUCCUGGACGAGGUCAAGCGGCAGGGGUGGCAGACGAAGCAGUUCCACGAGGGUGCGGGGAAGAGGGCAGUGUGGUAGAAGCCCGGGUCUGAAGGGAGUGGAUUCCGAGCAACCUGCCACUCUUAGAGGAUAUAAGUCAAGUCUGGUGUCGAGUGGGAGCAUAUGAGAUUGGCUGACCCUAGGACUUGCACGUUGCCUGGAAGAAGCUGUAAGGAAGGGGUGACAAGGUGGACGGUCCUUAGGAGCGAGAGCGAGUGGGCGGUCGCUCGGUCAUGACGGUCGUGUAUACAGCAGGCUGACUGAUAGCAAGGAGGGCUGCGGACUUGUGGGCGAGAGUACGUUCUGUGGCACCGCUGUAAGGCACGCUUUUCUGCACACUGUAGUGCUCGCCCUUUGGAAUGUUCAAGAGUCCUAGCAUCAUUGCGCAUGAAUCACGAUGAAGUUGCAUAACGGGCGGCCCUUACGAUGUAUAGGGCCCGGCGGUGGCCGCACUGCUG